CGACAGAAGAAAAACAUACACUACUUCCGGUGUGUCUGCAGCGGGAAUGGUUGAAUGUAGUUUCGUGUUGAGAAUUGACGAUGAUUAAUCUGCUGUCAUUUAAUUUAUACGUUAUAUAAUACACGCCACUUUAAUAAUGUCAAGUAAAUUUGUGCCAAAAUUUUGGAAGCCAGGAACAGUGGCCCCUGGUGUUGGUCUGGAGGAAGAGCGGAAAUCGUUGACCGAAGAGAGCAGCCAAGCUGUGCAGUACAAUCCGCAUCGUUCACUGUCUGUCGACCAGCAGAGACAAAAGUUGCCCAUCUUUCAGCACCGUACUAACAUCCUGUACCUGGUAGAGAAGUUUCAGACUGUGAUAAUCAUUGGUGAAACGGGAUGUGGAAAGAGUACUCAAAUUCCACAGUAUUUGUUCGAAGCAGGCUGGGCUGCAGAAGGCCAUGUGAUUUGUGUAACACAGCCACGCCGUGUAGCUGUGAUUACGGUGGCAAAUAGAAUUGCUGAAGAAAGGGGAGCAAUUCUUGGAGAAGAAGUUGGGUACACAAUUCGAUUUGAGGACUGCUCAGAUCCCGUUGCCACCAGAAUUAAGUUUGUCACGGAUGGCUUAUUGAUCAGAGAGAUUAUGCAGGAUCCUCUUCUCUUAAAGUAUAGUGUUAUAAUGCUUGAUGAAGCCCAUGAAAGAAGUUUGAAUACGGACAUCAUCAUCGGUCUUCUUCGCAAAAUUCAGAAGAAACGAAGUGAUCUUCAUUUGAUUGUGGCUUCAGCUACACUGGAUGCAGAGGAAAUGUACAAUUUCUUCAACUCAAACGAAACAGAUAACCCAGAACUAGAUACGGCAGCUGUUCUGACUGUUGAGGGACGAGAGUUCCCUGUCGACAUCCACUACACACUUGAUCCUACUCCUGAUUAUAUAAAGUGUACGGUGGAGACUGUUAUGAAGAUUCACUUUAAUGAAAGAUCUGGAGACAUUCUUGCAUUUCUUACUGGACAGGAUGAAGUAGAAAGAGUUGUUUCCCUUUUAAUUGAUGAGGCCAAAAAGUUGAACAAAGACGAUAUGAAGAUGAAAGUUCUGCCGAUGUAUGGAAGUCUUCCUGCUUCUGAACAGAUGAAAGUUUUUGAAAGGACAUCAAGUCAUGUCAGAAAGAUCGUCAUUGCUACAAAUAUCGCUGAAGCUUCCAUCACUAUAAAUGGCAUUGUUAACAUUAUUGACUGUGGGUUUGUGAAGAUAAAAGCAUACAAUCCUCAAUCUGGUAUUGAGUCUCUUGUUGUCGUACCCGUCUCUCGGGCGUCGGCCAAUCAACGUGCUGGUAGAGCGGGAAGAGUUCGUGCAGGCAAAGCAUAUCGGUUAUACACAGAGAGUGAUUUUGACAAACUGCCACAAGCCACUGUUCCUGAAAUGCAGAGAUCUGACCUAGCCCCGGUUAUAUUACAACUGAAGGCACUAGGAAUAUCUAACGUACUCCGCUUCCACUUUCUAUCGGCACCCCCUGCUCAGAACAUGUUGAGAUCUUUGGAACUGCUGUAUGCACUUGGAGCCCUGGAUGAAAAUGGUAACCUUACAUCUCCACUUGGCUUACAGAUGGCAGAAUUUCCACUGUCACCGAUGUUUGCAAAGAUGCUGCUAGUCUCAGGAGAGUUCGAGUGUUCUGAGGAAGCCUUAACCAUUGCUGCCAUGACUCAGAUUCAGAAUGUCUUCGUGACGCCAUCACGACAGAAAAAUAAAUCGAACCGAGAAAGGAGAAGGUUCUCAGUGGAAGAAGGUGAUCACAUAUCACUUAUCAAUGUUUACAAAGCAUAUCUAAAGUAUGGCACCAGCUCCAAGUGGUGUCAGGAGUAUUUCCUCAACUACAAGGGACUCUGUCGAGCUGUGGAAAUCAGACAGCAGUUGAAGAGAAUUCUCCUCAAAUUCAAAGUUCCACUCAUCUCAUGUGGAGAUGAUGUUGACCCAGUGCGAAGAUGUCUGACUGCCAGUUUCUUUGCGAAUGCUGCCAAGUUGCACUACACCGGUGUCUACAGGACUGUACGCGACGAUCACGUCCUGCACAUCCAUCCAACCUCUGUGUUAUUUCCAGAGAUGCCACCUAAAUGGGUAAUUUUCAAUGAAGUUAUCCAGACCACGAAGGAUUUCAUGCGGGAUAUCACAGUUAUUAAACCUGAAUGGCUCUGUGAACUGGCUUCUCAUUUCUACCAGUUCGGAACAACCACAUUUUACCCCUUGGGUAAGAAAAUGACACGGGAUCGCUAGUUAUAAUCAAGGAUCGGGAACUAUCAAGAAAGAAGACAAAGGUUGAUGUUUGAUAAAGAUAACACAGUCGUGAAAUCUCUCAUUGAGACAUGAAAACAUCUCCAUUUUGGGCAUCUUCAGUUCUGUGAGAAGUCAAUACGCAAAAAACAAGUCUUGUUUGAAGUCUGCAUCAGUACAAUGUGUUGAUACGCUAAAAUGAGUCAAGUUUGGAGUCAAUGGUGAUACGCAGAAAAAUUACUAAUUUUGGAUUCGGUAUCAACAGAAUAUGUCGAUAUGCAAGAACAAGUCUAGUUUGGAAUGAGCAUCAAUACAAUGUGUCGAUACGCAAAAACAAGUUUAAUUUGGAGUCAGCAUCAAGACACUGUGUUAUGUAAAAUCGAGUCAAGUUUGGAGUCGACAUCAAUACAAUGUGAUGAUACUCAAAAACGAGUUAAGUUUGAAGUCUGCAUUGAUAUAAUGUGUCAUUAAGCAAAAUUGAGUCUUGUUUGGAGUUGGUAUCAAUACAGUGUGUUGAUAAGCAAAAACAAGUUCUUUUUUUGUUUACUGGCCUCUUAGUGGUGUUCAUGUAGUGAUUAAGACAUUGGACUUGAGACUGGUACAUGUACAUGUAUUACUUGGUCCAUGUCCUACCUGUCGCACUGGAGGAUUUUUUCAUUCCUGUGCUGGAUUCAAUCCAAAGUGAGUGCCCUGUCAAGUAAUCCCUUACCGAAAGGGAAAUACUGCAGUUUCACGAUUCAUCUCAUUAUCAUUGUUUGUGUAUAUAUAUAUAUACGUGUAUAUAUAUAUAUAUUGUUUUGUGAUGUCCUAAUAAAAAUGUCUACAUGUA